AUGCGUACAACAUUUGUUUGCAGCAAGGAAGAUGACAUUAAGAGGCUGCCACUUAAGGACAAUGACGUAUGCAGACGGCCUUCCUUCAAGUGCCCCCGCAUCACCAACGUCUAUCGGACGCACGAUGGAACGUGCAACAACGUCCACCGGCCUGGCUGUGGACGUUCUAGCUCCGGAUUCUUGCGUCUUCUUCCUGCCCACUACCAUGACGGAGUCUAUGAAAUUCGACAAUCAGUGACUGGACAUCCUCUGCCUAGUGCCAGGGAAGUUCAACUGAAUGUUUUUGGAGAAAAACGAAUUUCUUCUGAUGAUUUUAAUCAAUUCUUCAUGCAGUGGGGACAGUUUGUCGCACAUGAUUUGGGUCUUUCCCCCACAAAACAAACAACUUCUGGACCUUUCCAAUGUUGUGAGAGUGAUGGCUCAGCAGUUCUGCCAGCAUCAAAACUUUCUGAUGCAUGUUAUCCAAUUCCUGUGUCUCCUCAUGAUCCUGUCUAUAGCAAAUAUGGUGUGUGCUGUAUGGAGUUUGUGCGUGCAAUGACAGUUGUCCCUGAUGACUGUGUGCUUCAGCCAGCAAUCCCGAUGAAUGGUGCCACAUGACACUUAGAUCUUUCUGUGCUCUAUGGUAACAAUGAUUUGGCUAACAGUGGACUUCGUAAAAAUGAGGAUGGUCGCCUUGCAGUAUCUGUUUUCCA